AUGAAUAUCGGAUUAUUCAGCAGCACUAGAAAUGCAUAUUUUGAUCUUGUUCAUUUGCAUAUGAAUGCAAAGAUAAUUCUACUGGAUGGAGAAAAGUAUGCAACGAUUCCGAUGGACGAGCCGAAAGAGCUGAUCAUAUAUUGUGAUAAGAAAUUUCUGGUUGUUGAAGUCUAUUCGAGUGGAACGAGAAUCGAACAAACUACAGGUCAUUCUGAAAGACGUGCGCGACGAGUUGAACAGUUUCCAAACUAUCCAAACCUUCCAUUCCUUUACAACCCAUAUGAAAGGUUCUGGGCAUAG